AAAGAGCUGGAAGAGUUGCAACAGCGUGAACGUGCUGAACGUGAAGCCUGGGAACAGCAUACUAAAUCGGUGCUUGAGACACAGUGCGCUUCACGUGAGAAUGGUUUGCGAGAUCAACUGAAACGCGAAAGAGAUAAACAAUUGGAGGCGGCUAUUCGUCGACUGGAAGCGGAAUCGAAUGAGACCAGGGCGGAGCUUGCUUUGCUGUCAAAAAUAAAUAAAAAUGAAUAUUUUCUGNCGGCUAUUCGUCGACUGGAAGCGGAAUCGAAUGAGACCAGAGCGGAGGUGGAACGGGAGGCCGAGAACAAAAUCAAGUGA